UACCAUCUCCGUCCUUGCUUGGUAAGGACAGCUAGUAUCAGAACAGAAAAACAGGGGUCAGAUAGCAUUAUUGCUCUGUAUUAUUUAGCCUCGUUUUCGAAUUGGUCGUACAAACAGUAACGGCUCUUGAAAACAUUUGAGGGAGGGAUUCACAUUUUAAUUAAUAUGCAUGAUGCUAGUUAUCACUAUCCUACACCAGAAUUCUCUUCCGGUUUGUGUUUCUCUUCUUCAUCCUUCUACUGUCCUAUUCAAUCUAUGCUUGCUUAAAUGCUUCUCAUACCAAUCUCUGUUUCUUUUCAAUUCAUAUUAUCUCAUCCUUUCCUUCUGCAAUUUAGAAAGAUUUAUCGUUUUCUUCCUCAUGGCCACUGGACAACUAUUCUCACCGACUACACAAGCUUUAUUUUACAACUACAAGCAACUUCCCAUCCAGCAGAUGCUUGAUUUUGACUUCCUUUCUCGAAGGGAAACACCAUCAGUUGCUGGAAUCAUUAACCCUGGUUCUCAAGGAUUUCAAAAGAUCUUCUUUGGUCAGAAGGAAAUUCUCAUCCCAGUUCAUGCUACCAUUGAAGCAGCUUGUGCUGCUCAUCCUACUGCUGAUGUCUUCAUCAACUUUGCUUCACACACAAGUGGUGAUGAAUCGUCGAUGUGUGCUUUGAAGCAGGCAACAAUUAGAGUUGUUGCUGUGAUGGGUGAAGGAUUGGCUGAGGCAGAGACUAAGCAAUUGAUUGCGUAUGCCCGUUCAAAUAAUAAGGUUAUUAUUGGUCCAGGAACUGUUGGAGCCAUUCAAGCAGGUGCUUUCAAAAUUGGUGACACAUCUGUAACAAUUCACAAUAUAAUUCACUGCAAACUCUACAGACCUGGAUCUGUUGGAUUUGUAUCUAAAUCUGUUUUUGAAUUUCAGGGUGAGACAUUCAAUGAAUUAUGCAACAUUAUUUCUCGUGUAACUGAUGGGAUUUAUGAAGCCAUUGCCAUUGGAGGAGAUGUUUGUCCUGGUUCCACACUUUCUGACCAUGUUUUACGGUUUAACAACAUACCACAGAUUAAAAUUAUGGUAGUAGUUGGAGAGGAAGAUGGGUGUGAUGAGUAUUCCAUAGUGGAAGCCCUAAAACAGGGGAAAGUAUCAAAGCCUGUGGUUGCCUGGGUUAGUGGGAGAUGUGCAGGGCCUUUGAAAUCUGAAGCAGCACUGAGAGAUGCUGGAGCUGUUGUUCCCACAUCAUAUCAAACUUUUGAAGCUGCACUUAAGGAAACAUUUCACAAUUUGGUUGAAGAAGGUAAAAUCACGCCAGUCAAGGAAAUCACUCCUCCUCCAAUCCCUGAGGACCUCAGCUCUGCAAUUAAGAGUGGGAAAGUCCGUGCUCCAACUCAUAUUAUUUCCACAAUUUCUGAUGAGAGGGGAGAGGAUCAAUGCUAUGGUGGUGUAUCCAUGUCUUCCAUUAUCGAAAAAGGCUAUGGUGUCGGUGGUGUUAUCUCUCUUUUGUGGUUUAAACGCAGCCUUCCUCAUUACUGUACUCAAUUUAUUGAGAUGUGCAUAAUGCUAUGUGCCGACCAUGGUCCUUGUGCCUCUGGAGCUCAUAAUACUAUCGUGACAGCAAGGGCAGGGAAGGACCUAAUUUCCUGUCUUGUAUCAGGUUUGCUUACAAUUGGUCCUCGAUUUGGGGGUGCCAUUGACGAUGCUGCUCGCUACUUUAAGGAUGCUCAUGACAGUGGACUUAGAGCUUAUGAGUUUGUUGAAGGUAUGAAGAAAAAGGGGAUUCGUGUGCCAGGAAUAGGACACAGGGUAAAGAAUAAGGACAGGAAAGACAAGCGAGUUGAGCUGCUACAAAAGUUUGCAAGGACACAUUUUCCUUGUGUUAAAUACAUGGAAUAUGCGGUUGAAGUUGAAGCCUACACCCUCUCAAAGGCAAAAAAUUUAAUUCUUAACAUCGAUGGUGCCAUUGGGUCUAUUUUCUUGGAUCUUUUUGCUGGCAGUGGAAUGUUCACUGAGCAAGAGAUUGAUGAAAUUGUGAAGAUUGGGUAUCUGAAUGGCUUCUUUGUGCUGGCACGCUCCAUUGGUCUGAUUGGGCACACCUUUGACCAAAAGAGACUCAAGCAACCUCUUUAUCGACACCCAUGGGAGGAUGUUGUCUACACAACGUGAUCAGGUUUUUCGAGACUGCAAUUACUCUGUCAUGCUUUUCAAAUUAGCUCUCUUUUCUCAAAUCUGAAACAUUCUCAAAUGAUUAUGCAAAUGUUCGAAUGCUGUUGUACCAUCCAAAAUCUAUGUUAAUUCACCAAAUAAAUCUAAAACGUUUGCUAAUUAGUUAGUUUUUGUAACAUUUGCUAACAAAUCUCGUUAUUUCCCCCCUAUAAAUUUUAA